AUGUUUGUGUUGAUUGAGACUUUAUACUUUGCUCUUCUCCCGGUGGUAACUGUAGCUUCUCACAUAUUCAUAAACGACUUGACAAGGCAUGGCCACAUACCAGAAGGAAUGACAAAGAACAACUACCAGUAUUUCUACGCAUAUGGUGUGAUUCUAUCACUCUUGUUGCCAGUCAAGAACAUUUACCCUUUUCACCUUGGACGUAGGUUCAUAGAAACUAAGGUUCUUAAAUAUUCCGACAGAAGCAAGAUGAAUCUUCUUCAGUUCAUCCAUGGGCUGGUGUAUUAUACAUUUGUCUGCAUGCAUCUUAGAGACAAGGCUAUUUCCAACAAAGGUGUCUUUAUGCUUCUCAAUGCUCUUCAGUCAGUUUCUCAUUACUUUGUCUUUAUUCGGAAGACAGCUGGAUAUUCCCAUUAUGUCGUUGAGGUGGUGAUAUAUGCAUUCAUUUAUUGCGAGGUAGGGACGAUUCAGAUGCUUUUCAACCUUUUAUAUGUUUUGUCCUUUGUACUCUCGACUAUCAGAAACAGAAGGAUCUUACGAGAGAAGCCCAGGGAGAAUAUUUUCUAA